CAGCAGCCGGGAGGGGCGGGCGGCCUCGGUGGCGGCCGCGGGGGAGGGGCUCGGCGUCAGCGCGUCGCCAGCUGGGCUGCCGGUGGCCUGGAGGGAGCCGAGGAGGAGGAGGAGAAGGAGGAGGAGUCAUACAGACCUCGUGCUCUCUGAAGAGUGUAUUUGACCUCAGGAUGUUGAGGACUUAGAACCCUAUCCGCAGAGCUCCUUCAUCUCCUAUGGUUUAUGUUUGGAGGUCAUCAUCACAUCAUCAGGGACAGAUGGCUGAAAUUUUGUCAUCACCUGUGCUUGUUUGUGAUUUAGACAGACUUGGAAGAGGUCUCUUACUGAAUCCAGCACUUAUCAAAUGGCUAAGCUGCCUGCUCAAUGGACUCUGGAGAUUUGUCUAUCUCCACCUUCCUAAGAUAGAGUAUUGCUAAUUUUAUGGUUUGAAAUUCAAGAGACAAAUAACAGCAAGUAGUUGAAAAAGGAUCAGUAUUUUACUUCUUGUGAAAUUAAAUCAUGGAACCUCUCACCAAAGGAAAAAAAAUACAAUUAUAAUUUGCUAUAUAAUAUAGAAUAUAACUUUAAAAAUGUUUCCUUUAAAGUACAACCUGAGGUUGUUAGAGUUGCUGGGUGGAGAUUCAGUGAAGGAAGAUAAACCAAGUCAAAGAAACACCUGGCAAGCCUUUGAUGAGCUAUUGGGAAAGUCUGCUCAAAUUAUACUUCGUGCAAUUUAUUCCUAAGGUUUGAACAGGCCAAUGAGUAUUCUCAUCAUUGAGGCAUUUUACGGAGGCUCCCAUCAACAGCUGGUAGACCUGCUUCAGGAAGAAUUAGACAGUUGUGUCCUCUACACCCUUCCUGCAAAGAAAUGGCAUUGGAGAGCACGGACAGCAGCUUUAUCCUUCUCACAGAGUAUUCCCAGCAGCGAGCACUACAGCAAAAACAAACAAAAAAAUUACAAAAGAAAGAAUGAAAGAGAAAUAAGAACCACAUAUACAACUUUCCUACUCCCAAAUGGAAAAAAAAGGACCCUUUUUGCAAGCUCAGUACUUAACCUGGCUGAACUAGCUGCCCUUCGGCCUGAUCUGGGAAAACUGAAAAAGAUCUUGUACUUCCAUGAAAACCAGUUGGUAUAUCCUGUCAAGAAAUAUCAGGAGAGAGAUUUUCAAUAUGGAUACAAUCAAAUUCUCUCAUGUUUGGUGGCUGAUGUGGUGGUAUUCAAUUCCAUUUUUAAUAUGGAAUCAUUUCUUACUUCCAUUGGAAAAUUCCUGAAGCUGAUUCCUGAUCACAGACCUAAGGAUCUGGAAAGCAUAAUCAGACCCAAGUGUCAAGUUAUUUAUUUUCCCAUCAGGUUUCCUGAUGUGAGCAGAUUCAUGCCCAAGCACAAAAUAGCCCACUUAAGGAGGAUGCUCAGCCUUAAUGGAAAUGGUGUUGCAGCUCUGCCCGUGAUGCCUCCUUUCCAGCCAGAGCAGAGGGAUUCUAAGAAGUUACUGGAGAAUUUUAAAUCAAAGUCUGAGGAACACCCUGACCUUGAUGCAGGACAGGAAACCCUGGACAAUCCAUCUAUCCAGAAAUCAGGCUUGGAGAAAUCCGGUUUGCCAGAAGAUAAUUCUGGCUCUCUUCCUGUGAGCAACAGUCUAGCUCUUGAUCCCAGCAACCUUUUGUGUGGAGCUCAUGAUCAACAGAGACCGUUGCAUAUCGCAUGGCCUCACAGGUGGGAGCACGACAAAGAUCCAGAGAGUUUUUUUAAGGUAUUAAUGCAUCUAAAGAACUUAGGACUCAACUUCCAUGUCUCUGUCCUUGGAGAAACUUUUACAGAUGUCCCAGAUAUAUUUUCAGAAGCCAAAAAGGCACUGGGAUCUUCAGUCUUACACUGGGGCUACUUACCCUGUAAAGAAGACUAUUUCCGGGUACUGUGCAUGGCUGAUGUUGUCAUCUCAACAGCUAAACAUGAAUUCUUUGGAGUGGCAAUGUUGGAAGCUGUGUACUGUGGCUGCUACCCACUUUGUCCCAAAGACUUGGUUUAUCCUGAAAUAUUUCCAGCUGAGUAUCUGUAUUCCACACCUGAACAGCUUUCAAAGAGGCUCCAGAGUUUCUGCAAGAGACCAGAUAUUAUAAGAAAACAUCUUUAUAAGGGUGAAGUGGCUCCAUUUUCUUGGGCAGCCCUACAUGGCAAAUUCAGGUCUCUGCUCACAACAGAACCCAGGGAAGAUUUGUGACAGAUGGGGCUAAGUCACAAACUUGCAGCCUAAGGCAGAAUCUGAAGAACUUUCCAGAGUGUGCCCAUAUUUACCUGAUCAGAGAGAAAAGAAAAUCUGCAGAGGAAGCCGAGCCUGGCUGCUUGUCAUAGCUGACACAGAGCCAUCUGCCACAAACCUGUGGCGGCUUCAGAUCUCCAAUCCCUGCCACCACCCCAACUCAAAUUAAAUACAGAUUCCUAGAGACGUUAUGAUGGUUACACAUGUCCUCGGCAUCACAUGUAGGAGACUGUUCAAAAAAAAUAUGUGGCCUGUUGUAUAACCGCACUCAUGUAUCCCAUAUGUGGUGCCACAUUGAAUUUCCGGUUGAAUCCGUUUUUAUCCUUUGUACUGGAUGACAUGGUGCCUGAAUUCUUUCUUUCUGCCGACACGAUGGCAGCCAAACUGCAGCUUCAAACACUCACACUUGGCUGAGUUUCUACCUGGGUUGCCAGGUUAUCAUCGGAGCCUUCUUGUGUCCUCAAAGGGCCACAGGGCCUAGAAAGAGGAUCAGAAUGCUCCUGAACUAAUUGGGCAGCCAUCUCAAAGCUGCUGUAGGCAAAGGGCUGCUUUAGCACUUUUAUUUUAGCAAAUUAAUGACUCUCUGGCACAGGAAUUUUUAAGUGAAGGUAUUAAUAAGGGGUCUGGCAGGUAUUCCCAUGAUUCUCAGAGUUUCAUUUGCAUUUAAUUAAUCUUAAAGAAACUUGCAAGAUAAACAGCUGUAAUGCGGACAAACAUGGCAGAUACAGUGAGUGAAGGCCUCUCAUCCAUAAAAUGAACACGAGAUACUGGUUCUACAUUUUCUUCUUAUGGGUAAAAAUAGAGAAAUCAAAAUGCUUCUGACAAAGCCAUAAUUUGGUACAAAUAUUCUUCAAAAAUAUUUGCAUCCAACUACAAAUAUAUUCUUUCUGUGAUAAGUCACUUAUGAUUCUUGUAGUCAAGCUGCUCUGUUUGUUGGUGUAAAGAUAUUUUAAAUGGCUGGAUUGUAAAAUAAAUUUUUAAUAAACUACCCGCUGU